AUGAACGAGUGUAGCCGAGGGAGGAGCCAGGCCAGACACGAGAGAUUCCUCGAUAAUUUGUGGAGAGCCAGCCGCCACACCAGCGACGACGACGAGGAGGAUGAGUUCGUUUGCGUCGACGAGAGCUACGAGGAGAGCUGCUCGUUGCGUCUCGUUUACGAAGAGGAUGAGAAGGAGGAGGAAGAAGUUAUCGAUCUCAGCGAGUCGCGCUCGGCCGAACCACUGACGGUGGUAAUGGAGGAGGAAGAGAACGAUGACGACGACGAUGUUGUCCUCGUAGAGGAAUUAGAGGGGCUGCGUGUAACGCCGCCGCAGCCGUCGCCACCACCACCACCACCACCACAAACGUCGUCGCCGGAACGUAAUGAGAAAGAAGAAACCGUCGUUUUUGUCGAUCUCGGCGUGUCGCGCUACACGGGCGAACCACUGACGCUGAUUUUGGACAAGGAGAAGGACGACGACGACGUUUUCCAUAUCUUGAACAGCCUAGAAGGGCUGUGCGUGACGCCGUCGACGGAACGCGAAGAAGAGAAGGAGCCGGAAGAAGCCGUCGUAGAUCUGACCGAGUCGCGCUCGGCCGAACCACUACUGACGAUAGUGAGAGAGGAGGACGACGACGUAGUCGCAACGAGAGAGGUUCUACCGAUAUUAACGCCACCAUCACCAUCACUAUCACCACCACCACCACCACCACCACCACCAACGUCGUCGCCGGAACGCGAAGAGGAAGAAGCCGCCGUCGUUGGCGAUCUCGAGAUGGUGGAUAUUCCUUGGCUACGACGACGACAACCGAUACCGUCGCCGAUACCGACGACACCGCCGCCACUGGCGUCGUCAUCGACGCCACCACCAACACCGACACCGGCACCGUCACCGACGUCGCCGCCGCUGCCUACGCCGCAACCGACGCCGCCAACGUCCGCGUCGCCGCCGUCGCCGCCGCCGCCGCCGGUGGUAUCGAGGAAACCACAAAUCGUCUCUAUAGAGACGGUGGAUAUUCCUUGGCUACGACAACCGAUACCGUCGCCGAUACCGUCGCCGAUACCGUCGCCGAUACCGACGACACCGCCGCCACUGGCGUCGUCACCGACGCCACCACCGACACCGACGUCGCCGCCGCCGCCGCGGCCGCCUACGCCGCAACCGACGCCGCCAACGCCGCCAACGCCGUCGCCGCCGUCGCCGCCUUUCACGCCGCGCGAGAGCCCACCUUCGUCGCCAGAGGAGAAGAGAUCGUGCGCGGCCGUACGUGGUUCGAGUUUCCCCUGGGCGAUUUCGGAGGCGAGCGUCUGUGGGUCCUCCUCCAGUUGGACCCGGACUCGCCCGCGCUGCGGGACCUGCCGCUGCACAGCACCGUCCUACGACACCUUCCGGCACAUGGUCGCCAGCGCCGAGUUGAGCGCGGCCGAGAAGGGCGUGAUCCGCGUCAGGCUGCUGGACGACGAGGCCGACGACCGGGACGUACGGUUCGUCCACCCGUGGUACCCGCCGAGGUACAUCGGGCCGAUCGCGACGCACCUGGCCUCGCUGUACGCGCUGCACUCCUUGGCCGACGACGACGUGUCCUCCGAUCCAGUCUUGUACACCGUCGCCGCGUACGCCGUCUGGGCGUACGGGCACCUGUUGCCGGGGGAACCGCCGGCAGGCUUGCCGACCAACCCCACGGACCCCGAGGCCCUGCCUGGGAAUACGUCCCAGCGGCCCCCGGGGUUCUCCGGGAGACCGGGCCCCGCCUCGGAAACGUCCGAGCGGCCCCGAUCCCCCGUCUAUGCCGGGCCAACCGGGCGAG